UUUGGAAAUCACUCACCAUCAACAUGACCAUGGGAAAAAUCAUCUUCUACGAGGACAAGAACUUCCAGGGUCGUUCCUAUGAGACUAGCAGCGACUGCCCUGAGCUCACCUCGUUCCUCAGCCACUGCAACUCCUGCAGGGUGGACAGUGGUUGCUUCAUGGUCUACGAGAGGCCCAACUUCAUGGGCCACCAGAUGCUGGUGAGGAGGGGAGAAUACCCUGACAACCAGCACCUGAUGGGCAUGAGCAUGGGUGACUGCAUCAAAUCCUGCCGCAUGAUUCCCAUGCACAGAGGCUCCUUCAGGAUGAGGAUCUACGAGAGGCCUGACUUUGGAGGCAAGAUGCACGAGCUGAUGGACGACUGUGACAACAUGAUGGAUCGUUACCGCAUGUCCGACUGCCAGUCCUGCAACGUGAUGGACGGCCACUGGCUGAUGUACGAGCAGCCCAACUACAGAGGCAGGCAGAUGUACAUGAGGCCUGGAGAGUACAGGAACCUCAGGGAGAUGGGCAUGAGCAAUGUGAUGAGGUUCAGCUCUAUGAGGCGUAUCGUGGAUUCCUGUUAGUCGCCAAUGUUUAAAGUCAAUAAAGUUUUUCAAAUUGA